AUGCAAACUACGCGCCAGGAAAACUGGGCAUCAUCAGCCCUCGGAUGGGCCAUCUGCACGCUCGUCUUCUGCGUGGCUGCUCUCGGGGGGUGUGGCAAGAAAAAGAAGAAGGUGGUCGCCGUCACGCCAAAACCUGCGCCAGCCCCACCCAAGCCAGCCCCAGCCCCAAGACAGAUACGAAAAGUCUAUGAGUACUACCCCGGCGCUAUGUGGGAAGAACCAGUUGAGUUGAGAGAGCUGAAAUACUAUGUGGAUCCGGUGCUUCUUGAAAGAAUUUCGCCGCCGCCGACGAUAGAGAAGACCCAGGAGAGUGAGAAGCGGAAAGCGGAAAGCGAGAAAAAGGAGAAGGAGCAGGAGAAAAAGGAGAUGAGUGAGAAAAAGAAGGAUGAUCCGGAGCAGAAAAGCCACAAGGAAAAGAAGGAGGACGAAGAGAAGAAGAGCGAGAAGAAGCCGAAGGAGCAGGAGGAGAAGGAGGGUCCAAAAGAGGAGGAGGAUGAAAAGAAGAAGGAGAGCGAGAAAAAGAGUGCGAAGAAAGAUGAAGAAAAGAAGGAGAGCGAGAAGAAAGACGAGGAAAAGAAGAAGUCGAAGGGAGAUGAGAAGAAGGAGACCGAAAAAGAGAAGGAGAAGAGCACGAAGAAUGAGAAGAAGAGUGAGAAGAAGGUGGCUGCGGAGAAGAAGGAAGCCAGCAAGAAGGAGAAGAAAGACGAGGAAAAGAAGGAGAGCGAGAAGGAGAAAGCUGACGUGAAAGAAGAAAAGAAAGAAGAGCCAAAACCCGACGACAAAAAAGACGAGAAGCUGAAGGCAGAGCCUAAAGCGGAAGACGUGAAGAAAGAAGACGAGAAGAAGGAGAGAGAAAAGAAGGAGGAGACGGAGAAGAAAGAUGGGGAAAAGAAGGAGGGAGAAGAGAAAAAGGAGGAGGCUGAGAAGAAAGAGGAGGAAAAGAAGGAGGAGCCGAAAGUUGAGGAGAACAAGGAGCAAGAGAAGAAGCCCGAGGCUGCCGAGGCUCCGCCCCCAUCGGCU